AUUAAAUUAGCUUCUAUAGGCCUUGUAUGAGAUAGCCUAGGGGCGAUUUAAUAAAAUGUGAAUAGCGUCGUUUUUUUAUUUUCUCCCUGACCUUUUGUUAUUUACACUGCUUCGUCGUUGUUGCAAAUCUGUCCAUAUUUUUUUGGACUUACGCUCAUUAAACCAACAUACUCACUUAGUCACUCAUUUGAUUUAUUUAAAAUGCCUUCUCUUCGAAACAUCGUUAUCGCCCUUGCCGGCCUCAGCGCCGUAUCCGCGAGGAGCUUAUAUAAUCUCCACCGCCCUUAUGGUAUCCCGCCGAAGCAGAUUCCGUCCCGCUCGACUGGUACUGGACCCACGGGUUUUCUUACUAUAGAUAAGCAUGCGUCGACUGGAGAUCAUGAAGUCCACGCUGCCUUCGCCGCAGCGGACGGUAGUAUUUACAGCUCUUGUCUAGAGGACACCACAGCCACAGUCUCCGAUUGCCAAGCUGUUAUCGGCGAUAUCCGGGCCAACAACGGAAGCAUCAAGGUGGCCAGCGGUUUCUGCUUGAACUGGUGGGAGGGCGCGUGCAUGGGGCGAGUCUGCGCCGGAAAGGGACAGGACGUAUGGGCUGGAAACUCUUCUUGGAUCGCGGAUACGAUGACUACGUCGAUUCUGGAUAGCUGUGUUAGCAAUGGGAAGGCUGGUGCGGCUGGCGAUUGCGCCGAUGUGGAGAGUACAUGUGGCACGUAUAGACUCGAGUUGUUGACCUACACGGGGGCUUAAAUGGGGAACGAUCUUGGGUGAUGUUUCCCCUUGGUAUCUAACUUCGUCACAGGACGUCAAUAAAGGGAGGAAUUCAAACCCGGUGAUAGAACCACCAAUGAAA